AUGCAAGGACAAACGAAGAUACAGGAGAGGUUGAGAGGAAUACAAUCAUUAAUACACGAGAUAGAGGAAGCGCGAAAUCACUCUGAAACUGGUAUAAAUAAAUUGACUCAAAAUAAUAAUCCAAGCACAAUCAAACAAGCGAUGCAGGAUGCUGAAAAGGAGGAACGUCUUAUUCGUCAAGCUUUAUCUAAAAUAUACGAAAUUCAUAAUAUAAGAAAUGAAAGUCGCAUUCAUGCACGUAAUUCCGGUCAGAAAGAAAUGCUAAGGAAGGGACAAUUGAUGAAGAUGCUUCAAAUUUCAGCACAGACUUUGCCACUUUUUGUCAGCAAGCCAGGAGAAAAAGUUCCACAAUUAGUUGGAUGCAUCCCAGCGAAUGCAGAAUAUACAGGAAAAGCUGGAGACAUGGUCGCUGCAUUGACAAAAGUCGUUGAUAAAGGAAGUGACGAAGAGAACUGGAUCAUGGCUGAAGUUAUUAGCUACUCGCAUCACACACAAAAGUAUGAAGUACAUGACAUUGAUGAGGAACAAAAACCAAGGCACAUUCUGAGCAAACGUCGAGUUAUUCCACUGCCUUUAUAUCGUGCUAAUCCAGAAACUGACAUACAUGCUCUAUUCCCAAAAGGAACAGUCGUUAUGGCUCUAUAUCCUCAGACGACCUGCUUUUAUAAAGCAAUAAUUAAUGAUUUACCUGCGAAUGCAAAGCAAGACUAUGAAGUUUUGUUUGAGGACUCAACAUAUGCUAAUGGAUAUUCAGAUCCAAUGUAUGUACCUCAGAGAUUCGUCAUUUCAAUCAAGCAACGAAAAUCUUGACCACCAUCAACCGAGCGACAAUCAUCGCAAUUUGCUGGGAAGACCACUCGACCUAGCACCUUAGACGUAACAGAUUAAUAGUUGUAGAAAAGCUUAAGUUUAGAUCAAAAAAGUUUUAUUUUUUUAUAC